AUGGACUUCUCUGGCUCAAGCCCUUACCAAAAUACGGGUCAGAGCUCAUCUGCAGUGGAGGAGAGUGAUCUGCCUAAGGGCUCUAGGCUUCUGGUUAUCAUCACCUGUUCCAUCGGUGGAGUGUUCUUGUUCUUCUUCGUCGUAUACGUGAUACGACAAAUGCGAAGGGGUGCUGCGCUGGUCGACGUUCUCAAGCUUCGCCCUCGUGGUCACGCGAGCCCUUAUAUGGUUCGUCCUGAAGAGUAUCCCAUCUACUAUGAGCAGAGAUAUUCAGUGCGAUCCUCCCGGUAUCCUCUGUCGAUCAGAAGCAAGAAUAGAGCGAGCAAGAAUCUUCCAGGACUACCAGGGCCUGUCACUCAACCAGGAGCACAAAUGAGCAGCAAACCUCCUAGCAUACUCAUGGAGCCACACAUGGCGCGCCUAAAGGGUGUAGACAACAGAUAUCUCGAUCGUCACGAUGCCCGGAAGUCUCAAGCAUCGAACGUCCCGAGUAUUUCAGUGCGCAGUAUGGGAGAUGAUCCUUCAUCACCAGUAUCACCCACUCAUCAACCGACCCGCUGGAGCUGGACAAAUUCGGAAGCUCCAUCGACGCCACGCUUGAACAUUGAGAGGAAGAGGACAUCGAAUGGAUCUCUCGUUCCCAACUACAAGCCUGUCGGAUUUGGCAACAAUUACCAUCUAAAAUCCAUUCAAGAGGACAGUCUUUCACCUCCUUUACUAAGGUCAAACUCUCCACCUCCACCGCCAUUGCCGAGAGCAAAUUCGGUACCCAGGGGUGGAGUGCCCGGCAAAGCCCAGGAAUUUCUAGAAACCGGUGGUACUGGCUAUCUACCUCCAAGGAUACCACCCAAAGCCAAGUCGGGUACCUGGAAAUCAGUCUUCCGGGGCUGA